AUAUGGACAAAAUGAUGGUUCAGAAUCCAAUCAAGAGUCCGGAUCAUUUACACCUGUUUCAUUAUCUGUUGAUGAAGCAUUUAGAAAAUAUUUUCCAAAUGAAAAAGAUGCACAAGAUGGACCAUAUUCACAACAAUCACAAGGACAAUCCAUGGAUGGCUAUUCAAAUCAACAGGCGAAUGGCGAUAAAGGAGUCGUGAAUAUUGAUAGUAUAAGGGAAAUUGUUGAAAAGCAACCAUUAGCACGGCCAGAUCCAUUUGAUCCACCAUCACCGCCAUUAUCGGCAUUUUUACCGCCACCACCAAAUUCUCAGCUUGUUGAAUCAUCCGGAUCACAACAGCCGGAUCAACAUCAAUAUCAACAAGCGAUGGCAUCACAAACAACAUUACCUGAACAGAUUGCAGCCAAUAUGCCACAAUCAGAUUCUGGUUCAUCUCAAGCCUAUAUGAAUCAAGCACAUCCACAGAUUCCAAUACAACCAAUUAAUACAUUCAAAGCACAGGAACCAGAUAUGCCACAAUCAAGUUUCAUAAAUCCACCUCCAAUGAUGUCACAACCACCGCCAUCAAAGUUUUCAUUCUCAAAAGAUUCAAUCAUAUCUAUUGAUAAUGGAAAUAAUGACAAUGACAAUAAUAACGAUUCUGGUUUAAGUGAUGAAAAUGAAGAUGAAGGCUAUGCAUAUAAUACGGAAAAUAUUGAUGAAAAUGGUAAAAAAGUAUUAGUCUAUCAACGUCCAGUUGAUUUACCUGAAUUGAAUACAGGAAAUAAAUUCGAUAUCUAUGGACAAAGUGGACAUACUGGACAAAGUUCAAAUCAAGAAAUCAGUUCAAUUUAUCAUAAACAAAAUGAUCAAAGUUUGUCAUCCAUGGAUCAAGGAAUGAAUAUUCAGGAUUCAUUAAUGAAUAAUGAUAAUUAUAAAUAUCAGAAUGAAAUCACUAUUCAACGUGAUAAACAAUCGAUGGAUAAUGAUAUGUUUCAAAUGAAUCCAAUUGAUAUGCGACCACCACCACCACCGCCAUCAUUUUUUACGGAUUUCACUGAUUAUGAACCAUCAGGACAUUCAUUUCAAAAUCAACCUCAACCAUCACAUCAAUCGGAACAACGACAUCAACAACAACAACAACAUCAACAAUCAUGGACUCCACAAAAUCAUAAUAAUAUGCCUUCAAUGGAUUUUGGUGGCGGUAAAAUGACCGAAGGUUUACAACAAAUUGAAUACGGUGGAUUUGUUCCAAUCAAAAAGCCACACAUAUCUAAUUCGGAUAUGAAUAAUCAACAGCCUUUAAAUGGUGGAGAUUAUAUGGUUCAAAAUGGUCCACAAUCUAAAGCUCCAUAUGAAUACAAUGCUAACAAUAAUGUGGAAUAUGUUCAACAACCAUUGCCUUCGCCACAACCGCAAAUGGGAAAUAUGAUCCAAAUAACGCCUUCUUCACCACAACAAGGUUCACAAUCAAUGCCACCGUCACAGCAAUCGAAACAAACAUUCCGUCAAAAUUUAAAUUUUGAAUCUGAAUAUCAUGGACCUGGAUCAUUCAAUGAACCACCAUCAAUUUUCGAUACACCAAACAUUCAUCAUAACUAUUUACCAUUAUCAGCUCCAUCAUCACAUCAACAACAAAUGUCCACACAAAAUGGUGGCGGUUAUCCACAAGAACAUGAACAUUUUCAUGUGAAUAAAAUCCAUGAUAUUCAUGUGAAACCAUUGUAUGGAAAAGAUGCAACGAAAAAAUUACGCGAAUUAGGUAUCAAUGAAGAUGAAUUCUAUGGUACAGUGAAUAAAAUAUUACAAAAAUCUCGUCCAAUGGGCAAACCAAACAAGCACUUUGAAACAUCAUCAUCUCGUAUGCCUUUGUUGCCACCAUAUCUACCAAAAGUUAAUCUUUAUAGAGCUCCACCGAAAAAUCGACCACGACCUUUUGGCAAUAAUGGCCGUAAAAAGAAUCGAUUCUAUCACAACAAUCUGAUUGCUGAAGAUAUUGAAUUGAAAUUUUUAAAAGAUGAACUUCCGCCAGGUGCAUCAUACAAUCCUCGUGACGUUGGCCUUGAUGAAUCAGUAUUGGCUCAGCUUCAUUUAUUGGAUAGUGGUAUUGGUGGAUAUCGUUUUCCUGGACCAAUGUCUAAUGGCCAACAUUCUCAUCAUCGACCAUUGUUUCGUAAACCAUCAGUGCCAUAUAAAAAAUCUAAUGCAGCAGCAUCAUCAUCAGGUAGUAGUGGUGGUAGUGGACCACAUGCAAUGAACAGUAUGAUCAUGCCAUUCAUUUAUCAAUCAUCAAAUGCUCAACAUAACACUAAUCGUUCACCACAUUCAACAUCAUCAAUAACACGUAACAAAGGAUUCUAUCCAGCUUAUGGUUAUCGUGCUGCAGCAUCCGAAUUGAAACCACAAUUUAUAUUGCCAAAAGGAAAACAUUUUAAAUUUCUUCAUCAAAAACAACAGCAAAAAAUCACGCCCACUGAUUCAAGUAAUCUAAAUCUUUUCUUGUCACCAUCAUCAUCGACAUCAUCUUCAUCGGCUACAACGAUUGAUGGUGGCCAACGGCCAUUAGCAAAUAUAUUCGGUAUACGAUCGAUCAAAGGAAUUCGAUCACUAGUCUCCUAUCUGACAGGCGGAGUAUCUGGUUGAUUCGUUUCUAUCAAUUUGAUCUUGUAAUCAUUGGAAAAAAAUGUUUGUUUUUUUGGCAACUUUCGACAAAAAACAACAACAACAACAACAACAAUG